AUGGACUCAGUCAAGCGGCACGUUGGUGUCAUGACUCUGCCAAAUCGUGAGGUUGGUCCGUCUGGCAUAAACACAUGCGGCUGGAACCUGACAAGAACUCAAGAGAACGACGGAGGAAAAACAAGCUUUGUAUCAGAAGGGGAAAUGUUUGUCACUGUCCUGUUUGGAGAAAGCAGAAUGGAAAUGUUUAACAUUAACUGCCAACUGAUACACUUUGUCCACAAUUUGAAGGAGCGUUGUGGAGUGGACUUGAAAGACUGCGUGGACCUAAUGAACCGCAACGGCACAGUAGUGAAUUUAGAAACCAAGGAGCUCAGUGUGGAUCUGGCCAGCAGCUUGCUGGCAGAGAGACAGCACUAUGUCCUCCUCCAAGUUUGCCGAAAUGAUAACGGAGGCCAACAGUAUGUUUCCCUCUUACACAAUGUCAGCCAGAGCCAUCCAGAAUUAAAAGAGCUCCUGAGGAAAGUGUGCAACCCUGGCCAAGAGAGAGACAAGAAGUUCACCUCUGCGCGGAGAAGACACACGCACAGGAAGGGUCCUGCUAGCCAGAGCUGGAACAAAAAUGCCUGUCAACAAUGAGCACCACCAACAUUCAUUCAGCAUCUGUCCGUCCUUCCAUUCAUUUCUAAGCGCUUGUCCUACUCAGCGGUCAUGCAUGAGUUAGGGCCGAGCAUAACCGACAAGAGGGCAGGUACAUACUGUCUGAUCGCCAUUCAAGCGCAAAGCACAUCAAAACAAGCAUUCACAGUAACAUUCACACCCGUGCUCUUGUUGCAUCGCCCUGCUUUGUCCGGCUAUCGAUUGUUCAAGGGGGAAAAACAAAAAAACAAAAAAACUAACAAGUAUGCUGUGGGUUUGCGCAAAAUAUGCCAAAACCCGUGACUUCACGUCUAUGCUGUAGCUUUAAUUCAAGACCGAGUAAAUAUAAGAAAUAUGUACGACACUCUACUGCAGGGGUGUCAAACACACGGCCCGCGGGACGGAACCGGCACCCAAGGAGGUUCGAUCAGGCCCGCAGGAUAAUUUAAAAGUGAAAAAAUGCAUUCAAGACACGGAAUGAAUAGUUUUCAUAAAAUGCACUUCAUGGAUAAUCCACUAGGGGGCACACUGUUUUGAUCAGAGUAGAAGACAACAUUGUUUUGAUCAGAGAAGAAAACAGUAGUCUCAGUCUGUCUCUGAGACAGACCCAACACAUCAGACAGUAUCAAUGAGCCAAUGCCUCUUUAUACCAAAACAAAGGAAAGACAUGAUAUUUUGGUUAUUUAUAGC